UUUUACAUUAAACUGUUUGGUGUAACACUGUGACAGUUUGAUUAAACAAUGACUGAUUAUGAUUUACAAAAUAAAAUUUUAAAAAUGUGAUUACAGCCUAAUAUUUUUCUUUUUCAGUCUCCUCCACGAGUCACGACGCUGUAAUGAUGUCUCUUUUAUAGUCUUUACUUCUUCCUCACUACAGGCACACACGCACACAGAGAACAAAUCUCCGUUCUGUUUUCCUGUCUCUCUGCUUUUUUAGUCUUCUGCGUUUGUUCUUUGUUCAUCUUUGUGUCGUGGCUAAAGCCAGUUUCCUUCACAGAGCUUUUCUUUCAAGAACCUUGUGGUCCUGAACUCAGGUUUUUGUCUCUAUCUUUAGUUCCUUCCUUUGUUGAAAAACUGGAACUUUAAAUUUUGUUUUGCUGGUUUCAAUGGUUCUAGAUUGGAUCUGAACAAUUGAACAAUUUUGUGGUUUGUAUUUGCCGAUUAAUUCGUGGGGGUUACUAUAUUGUUCUGUUUAAUGUUUAUUCGUGGGGGUUACUAUAUUGUUCUGUUUAAUGUUUAUUCGUGGGGGUUACUAUAUUGUUCUGUUUAAUGUUUAUUCGUGGGGGUUACUAUAUUGUUCUGUUUAAUGUUUAUUCGUGGGGGUUUAGUAAAGUUUGAACCUUUUUUUUUUUUUUAUAGCAUUGGUUUUUUCACCUAAAGAUUUAAGGUUUUGCAAUCUACAACUUACUUCAUUUAAUCCUCCCUCCUCUCUAAUUGAAUAUACUUUUCUAUUCGGUACUUGAUUUUGGUUGUGUAUGAGUAGACUUGUAGUCAAGAGUUUAGUUGGAGUAGUUGAUCCUUUACUAUUAACCAGAAUAUUUUCUCAUCCAUCUCAGGUUAAGAGCAGCAUUUGCUUUACAUACAAGCUGUUUUGGUGAUAAACUGAACAGACUUUGAGAUGGGUUCUGGGAAUUUGAUUAAGGCUAUAAUUAGAUUGAAGAGGGGUAAACAAAGGAGCAUCAAGAACGAGAAGGGAUUUGUUAAACCUAAAGCUUCCAAGAAGAAGGGUACUCUUUCUUCAGCACUAGUUACUCGUACUGAGGAUUGGGCUGCAACUCGGAUUCAGACUGCUUUUAAAGCCUAUAAGGCUAGAAAAAGCUUACGGCGUCUAAAGGGAAUUGCAAGAGCAAAGUUAUCUACUGAGAAGCACUCUGUGAAGAACCAAGCGGUGGUCACAUUGAGGUAUCUUCACUCAUGGAGUAAAAUACAGUCAGAGAUAAAGGCUCGUCGAGUUUGCAUGGUUACCGAAUGGCGACUUAAGAAUAAGAGAUUAGAACAUCAGCAGAAGCUUGAGGCAAAGCUUCAUGAUGUUGAGGUUGAGUGGAAUGGUGGGUCAGAGACAAAAGAUGAAAUCUUGGAGAGGAUACUUCAAAGGGAAGAAGCAACAAUCAAGCGAGAAAGGGCUUUGGCAUAUGCCUUCUCUCAUCAGUGGAAAGCCGAUGGUAAGACUCAGUGGCUGGGGAGUUAUGAACUGGGCAACACUAAUUGGGGUUGGAGCUGGAAAGAGCGUUGGAUAUCAGCUCGGCCUUGGGAAGUAAGAUAUACAGUGACUCCUAAGAAACCAAAGAGCUCAAAGACGACAUUUUGCAAAAGUGAGACUAACUCAAAUUCACCGGCAAAGAGAGUAAUGUCAUUAUCAUCAGUUCCAGCCAAAGCUUCAUCCUUGGGAGCUAAAAACACAGUGAAACCACGGAGAUUGUCAUUUCCGGGUGCGUGAAGCGAAGUUAACUUUUGUCUGCGUCUAAAGAGUAUACACGUACACUUAAAGAUUGAGGGUGUAUUUAUUUGGUCUUAUGUUUUUGUCUCUGGUGUGAUGUAAAUAUAGACUACAAUGGUGGUUCUUGUUUGUUUAAUACAUGCAUUUGUUUGUCUCU